AAUUCACUAAUUCCCAAACCCUAAAUUCGAACACACAUUCAAUUACACACACAAAACCCUAAAUCAUCAAAUCAAAUCGAUAAUGUCUGGAAAAGGCGAAGGACCUGCAAUCGGAAUCGAUCUCGGGACAACAUAUUCUUGUGUCGGCGUAUGGCAGCAUGAUCGGGUGGAGAUAAUCGCUAAUGAUCAGGGUAACAGAACGACGCCGUCUUACGUCGCUUUUACUGAUUCCGAGCGUCUCAUAGGAGAUGCUGCUAAGAAUCAGGUCGCCAUGAACCCUACCAACACUGUUUUUGAUGCAAAACGUCUUAUUGGUCGAAGAUUUAGUGAUGCUUCAGUACAAAGUGACAUCAAGUUGUGGCCUUUUAAGGUUACUUCUGGUCCUGCUGAAAAACCCAUGAUUUCUGUCAAUUACAAAGGUGAAGAGAAGCAGUUUGCUGCUGAGGAAAUUUCAUCCAUGGUCCUUAUCAAGAUGAAAGAAAUUGCAGAAGCUUUCCUUGGAUCAACUGUAAAAAAUGCCGUAGUUACUGUCCCUGCUUACUUCAAUGACUCUCAAAGACAAGCCACCAAGGAUGCUGGUGUGAUUUCUGGUCUUAAUGUGAUGCGUAUUAUUAAUGAGCCCACUGCUGCUGCAAUUGCUUACGGUCUGGACAAGAAGGCCAGCAGUGUUGGGGAAAAGAAUGUGCUUAUCUUUGACCUUGGUGGCGGUACUUUUGAUGUCUCUCUUUUGACUAUAGAAGAGGGUAUCUUUGAAGUUAAAUCGACUGCUGGUGAUACUCAUCUUGGUGGUGAAGAUUUUGAUAACAGAAUGGUGAACCAUUUUGUACAAGAGUUCAAGAGAAAGCAUAAGAAGGAUAUCACAGGCAACCCAAGAGCAUUGAGAAGGUUGAGGACUUCUUGUGAAAGGGCAAAGAGGACAUUGUCAUCCACUGCUCAAACAACCAUUGAGAUUGAUUCACUGUUUGAAGGUGUUGACUUUUACUCAUCCAUCACUCGUGCUAGAUUUGAGGAGCUGAACAUGGAUCUGUUCCGGAAAUGUAUGGAGCCUGUUGAGAAAUGUCUUAGGGAUGCCAAGAUGGACAAAAGCAGUGUCCAUGACGUGGUUCUUGUCGGCGGGUCAACCAGAAUUCCCAAAGUACAACAGCUACUUCAAGAUUUCUUCAAUGGAAAAGAGCUAUGCAAAAGCAUUAACCCCGAUGAGGCUGUUGCGUACGGUGCUGCAGUUCAAGCUGCAAUUUUGAGUGGGGAGGGUAAUGAAAAGGUCCAAGAUUUGCUACUUUUGGAUGUUACCCCUCUUUCACUGGGGCUUGAAACUGCUGGAGGUGUAAUGACUGUUCUCAUUCCAAGGAACACUACCAUCCCAACAAAGAAAGAGCAAGUGUUUUCUACCUACUCUGACAAUCAGCCAGGUGUCUUGAUUCAGGUUUAUGAAGGUGAAAGAACAAGAACCCGAGAUAAUAACUUGUUGGGAAAGUUUGAGCUCUCUGGAAUUCCACCUGCACCAAGAGGUGUUCCACAGAUCACCGUGUGCUUUGACAUUGAUGCCAAUGGUAUUCUAAAUGUCUCAGCAGAAGACAAAACCACAGGUCAGAAGAAUAAGAUCACUAUCACCAAUGACAAGGGAAGGCUUUCAAAGGAGGAAAUUGAGAAGAUGGUCCAAGAGGCUGAGAAGUACAAGGCCGAGGAUGAAGAGCAUAAAAAGAAGGUAGAGUCUAAGAAUGCAUUAGAGAACUAUGCAUACAACAUGAGGAAUACCAUUAAGGAUGAGAAGAUUGGUGAGAAGCUAAGCCCAGCUGACAAGAAAAAGAUCGAGGAUGCCAUUGAUGGAGCCAUUUCUUGGUUGGAUGCCAACCAGCUUGCUGAGGCUGAUGAGUUCGAUGACAAGGUGAAAGAGCUUGAGAAUAUCUGCAAUCCUAUCAUUGCCAAAAUGUAUCAAGGAGGAGCUGGAGAUGCUGCAGGUGGGUCAAUGGACGAGGAUAUGCCUGCUGGUGCAGGUGGUUCUGGCCCCAAGAUUGAGGAAGUCGAUUAAUUUUUCUAGUCUUUGGUACUUUGCUAUCCGUUCAAAACUAUGUUUCUUUACUUUCCGUUGUAACCCUGUUUGGCAGGGAUGAAUUCUUUUUUGGCUGGUAAUAUCUUCUAGUUUUUAAUCAA